CACGCGCUCCGUCUCCAGGCAACGAGAAAAACAGAGGCCCUCAGAGAGCGCCUGGGCGGCGAUCGAUUGAGGUGGGGGGAGGUCUGGUCUGGAAAACUAAGUCCUGGGGUUUUCCCUGAACAGGAACCGUCCGCCAGAGCCUCAGGCUUCAGUCCAGUCCCUGAAUGGCUGGCCUCCAGUUGGCACCACCUCUGCCUGUGGGCGUUAUGCUUCCUUAUAAUAAAACAGAAGCUCCAGGGCUCCUCUCAGCUAAACAAAAGCCCUAUGAAAAAGGUGACUCUCCUCAGCGGUCCUCCAUGGGGCAUCUGAGGAACAAUUCCCGGCAGAAGCUUUUGAGCAACAAAGAGCUGACACUGGAUAAUCUCUACACUCACUCCAAGUCGAACACCUGCACAAAAGCCCGGAACUACUCCUAUCCCCACUGUGUUGGAAUUAGCCAGCAAGAUUCAAGAAGCAAUCCCCAGGGCCAAGCAAAGGGUUUGUUUUACUCAUCAAGUCCUCAGUCCCGGUAUUCCAAAGCAAAUAAUCAGGAAUUCAUCCCCUUCACAAAGAAGCGAGUUGGGGUAGACCGGGCAUACCCCCUGAAACCCGUGUUCCAUACGAAGUCUCAUAGUACACGUGAGGCUGGCAUUGAUGGGGACCAGAAUGUCUCUCCAAGACCCCCUGAACCAAGAGAGUUUCCAUACAGCAGUUUUGAUUCAAGGAACUGGGUGAAUCCAGCUGUGGUUCGUGCUGUUGUUGCAAACCCCAACAGGACUGAGUGGGUGCAGAUCCAAAGACUAGAAGCUGCAGGGGAGAGCUUACAGGAGGAAAUCCGAAGAAAAGAGACCCUUCUAAGGGAAAAGCUGAAGAAGACAGAGGAGGAACUCAGAAGGAUCCAGAAAGAAAAGGAACAGGCUAAGGAAAAUGAAAAAAGAGAGCUACAGAGAAUGACACUCCCCAGGAGGAGAGGUAAAGGUAAUAGCAACACCACAUACAAACCUGCCUUCUCCCCAGAAUUCGGGUCUGAGGAGGUCUUCAGUAGAGACAGGGGGGAGGAUGAAACUUGGGGACGGUCUCGAGAAAAUUCUAGUCCAUUUCAGCUCUCUGAUUAUGGAAUACAGAAGCUCAAAAGGGAAAGACUGGUGGCAAGCAAUUACAAAAUCCGAGACCUAGUCUCAGAGCCAUCAGAGGAGUGUCCUCAGUCUUCAGAAGGGCCUGGCCAUGCUUUGCGGGGAGCCACCAGCAAUCCUAGUUUGUCUAGGGUACCAGACUCCUCGGUUUCCAGCUGUUCCACUGAAGAGCCCGAACUUGGCGAAUGUAGCCACUGUGGACGCAAGUUUCUGUUGCUCAGGCUGGAGAGACACUCCAACGUCUGCCGCAGGAUGCAGGGUUCCAAGAGGAAAGUGUUUGACUCCUCCAGGGCCCGGGCCAAGGGCACAGAACUAGAGCAGUACUUGAACUGGAAGGGACCAACCUCAGUCAAGGCUGAACCUCCUCAGAAGAGCAACUGGAGACAGAAGCAUGAGUCUUUCAUCCGUACUCUCCGUCACGCUCGAGAGGUCCAGCAGGUCAUUGCCAAAGGUGGAAACCCCUCAGACUUGCCUCCCAUCCUGCCUGCAGAAAAUCCAGAUUAUAUUCAGUGUCCUCACUGUAGCCGCCACUUUGCUCCCAAGGUGGCCGAGCGGCACAUUCCCAAGUGUAAGACCAUUAAGAACCGGCCUCCACCUCCAAGGAAGCAUUACAGUUGAGUGGACAACGGUUGGAAGCCUCAGAAGGCUCUGCUUCUCUUCAGCAAGAAAUGGGAGUAGAAUAAUUUGAUGCAAAACAGAACUAAAACGUUUACAUCUCCCAUAUCUGCCUGCAGAGCUUAAAUCAGUGAGGAGAGACCCACUGCUAAGCAGCGGGAGGCAAAAGGAAGCCUCAGCUUCCCACGAAAUCACCGCCUCAGGCUGGUGUGCCUUGUUAGUGCCCUAAGAACUGAUGGGCGAAGACUCAGGAGUAGUGAGCAGGCUACAUUAAAGCUCUCUUCUCGCAAGGCUGACCUGUGGGUUGUGCUAAGUGCCUGUGUUUGCUGUGCCUUCCUGCCCUGCUCUGCAUGUAUGUGUGGUUCCUGUUCACUCUUCUUGCUCUUGCAAGACGUCGGUUCAUGAGACUGAGUUGGUGUCAGAGGAUCAUGGUUACCCAGGUGGUAUCUCAUAAAAGAUAGUAUGAUUUUGCUGUAAGGCAAAUGGAAAUUCAUCCUUGACCUCCGUGAUGUAUGGUCCUGGCCAAAAGCCAAUACCAGUAUGUAAAGUUAGGGCGCCUGUAUAUCCUGAACCCUCCUUGCGGUGUACCGUGCCAUAAAGGGAACCUCAUCUUUAUGGGCUUUACAUGGUAGGGCUGGGAGAGAGCAUCCUGUAUGCCUCAGUAGUUGCACUUGGCUAAAGGAUUUCAUAUGUUCCCUCCCACCACCCCGCAAAAAAAAAGGAAGGAAGGAAGGAAGGAACUUCAGUUUCAGCUAUUGCUGGCAUUCUGCUUUGAAAUCAGGUUGGGUGUAUGGCUUUUUAAAUGCGGCAGUAAAAUCUACCAUCAAAGCAAGCUGGGACAUUGCCGUGUCACAUGUCCCUGCCCAUUAUACCACAGUGAACUUCUCUUUUAUUUUUUUGAAGAUUUUAUUUAUUUAUUUGACAGA